AUGUUGGUGGUGGUGGUUGUGCUGCUGGUGCUGCUACUGGUGAUGAUGCAGCUGCUGCUGGGGAUGAUGCAGCUGCUGCUGGUGAUGAUGCAGCUGCUGCUGGGGAUGAUGCAGCUGCUGCUGGUGAUGAUGCAGCUGCUGCUGGUGAUGAUGCAGCUGCUGCUGGUGAUGAUGCAGCUGCUGCUGGUGAUGAUGCAGCUGCUGCUGGGGAUGAUGCAGCUGCUGCUGGUGAUGAUGCAGCUGCUGCUGGUGAUGAUGCAGCUGCUUCUGAUGACAGUGGAGGUGUUGAGAUCCUUCGAGGUGGUGGAGGUGUUGAGAUCCUUCGAGGUGGUGGAGGUGUUGAGAUCCUUCGAGGUGGUGGUGGUGUUGAGAUCCUUCGAGGUGGUGGUGUUGAGAUCCUUCGAGGUGGUGGUGGUGUUGAGAUCCUUCGAGGUGGUGGAGUACAUCCUGUCCUAUGCUCCUGCCAUGAAGCCGUUUGGGAUGAAGAGCCUGACGUUCCCGGGCAGCUCGUCCUCGGUGACGGUGGACGGUCUGACUCCUGGAGAACGAUACAUCUUUAAGAUCAGAGCCACGAACCGCAGAGGACAAGGACCACAGAGCAAGGCCUUCAGCGUGGUCAUGCCCGGACCACAGAGCAAGGCCUUAGGACCACAGACUUCAACUCUAAAGAUCAAAGUCCUGAGAACGACACCAGCUCCAGAAGAAGACGAGGAUUAUGACGACUACGAUAAGGAGACACCACAAUCACCUGCUGCGACUUCUACCACUUCUACCAUCAGGACUUCUACCACCACGACCACCCACCGCGCUCCGCCAGCCCGACGAGUGCGCCCGCUAUCACAGACCCGAUCUUACCACAAUGUUUUCUCCUCUGUCCGAGGACGGCGAGAGGACGGGCUCGCCAUCGCGGGCCAGGAUCAGCUCAUCGCUCCUGGACAAAUAUCCAUGGCUCGCAGCUCGAUACCCUCACAGGUUCGGAUCCGUCUCAAGAUCCUCUGCUUCUGUUCCGAUUUCGAGACAAGACCCUCGGACUCCGCAAUCCAGGACCAACUCUUCACUCGCGGAAGCAACGAGAGAGUACAACCCUCGCUUCUGCCAAUCAAACGAGACCCUGGGACUCGGGCUCUGGUCCGACCAGCGCAAAAGUUCGAGUCUGAGUCUGCGCUGGACAACAGCCGAGGGAGUGCUCUGAGCAGGACCGGGGGCUCGCUGCUCCAUGGGGGGUCCAUGAGAGAGGGUUUCAGAGGCCAGGGGGGGAGGGCCCGUCAUCCAAUCAGAGGGAAGCUAAGAAACGGAGGAGGUGGGACCAAGCCGGGCCGUGGGAACGGUAAGGCUGCUCUGAAGUGA